AUGGUUAAGCACGUCCUUGAGCUGUAUGAAAAUGGCUCCGGGCAGCAAGUUAACUUUGACAAAAGUUCUCUCUUUUUUAGCUCAAAUUGUUCGCAAGGAGCUCGUGAUUGUUUGGCAAGACAUUUAAACAUCCCCCAGGGGCGGGGUUUUGGGAAAUACUUGGGACUCAAAUCUGAGUUUGGCCACUCCAAGAAGGAGGUGUUUGAAGAGAUCAGGGAGAAGGUGGCGACAUGUGUGCAUGGGUGGGCAGAGAACUUUCUGACAAUGGCUGGAAAGGAGGUGUUGCUGAAAGCAGUGGCACUUGCGCUACCUACGUAUAUGAUGUCUUGCUUCCUACUUUCGCAGGGUGUGUGUGAAGAUAUCCUUCGUGCUCUUGCUUCCUUUUGGUGGGGUAGUCAAGGUACUAGAAAGGGGUUACACUGGGCAAAGUGGAAGAAGUUGACACAGAGGAAGGAAUGUGGGGGGCUGGAUUUUAAGGACUUGUUUUGUUUUAAUCGUGCCAUGCUUGCCAAGAUUGGCUGGCACUUAUUAUCGCAGCUGAAUUCGCUGCUUCAUCAGGUGUUACAAGCGAAAUAUUUUCCUAAUGGCUCUUUUCUGGAGGCACAGCUUGGACGGGGGCCGUCAUGGGGAUGGCGAAGCAUGUUAAAAGGGCGGCAGGCUUUGAUGGCGGGGCUCAGAUGGCGUAUUGGGGAUGGACAGUCAGUCAAUGUACAACGAGAUCCGUGGUUGCCGAUGCCCUACCACUUUAAGGUAAGGACACCAUCACCCCUGCUGCCGAAAAGGGUAUCGGACCUUAUUGAUCCUAUUUUGCGCCAAUGGGAUGUGCAUACGGAUUCUGGACGGGAUGGAUUGCUGAGCUCAAUUGCAUACGGGCUCUGGCGACUAUGGAAGUGCCGAAAUACUCUGGUAUUUGAAGGGACCACGGUUCACCCAGCAGAGGCUGUGGAGUUUAUGUACAAACAGCACAAUGAGUUUUUGCAAACCAAGGAGCAGGGGACGGAGACAACACCCAGCUAUGGAGUUGGCGGAGUACAGCCAAGCAUGGGCACUCAGCAAUGGUCCUGCCCUCCGAUGGCUUUCGCUAAAAUUAAUUGUGAAGGGGCAUGGACAUCACAAACUCUGCGUGGUGGGUGGGGUUGGGUGAUACGUAAUGCAUCUGGUGUUUUCAAAGGGGUUGGGCGGGAAGGUGGCGUGCGAUGCGGCUCGGCAAUAGCUGCUGAAGCUGAGGCAUUACGGGCUGGUCUGUGUGCGGGGUUGGACCAGGGCUGGCAACGGGUGGUGCUGGAGUUUGACUCCAAGCUCAUGAUUGAUAUGUUGACAGGGGCGGUUGUUCUGACUCCCGGGUUGAAGGUAUAG